AUGUCGAUCAAUAGCCAAAAUAUUACCAGUGUUGUCGAUCGGCUUCCUAAGAUCCGCUGGGCUGAUUUGAAUUGGGUUGGAUUGAGUUGGGUUGGGUUGAGUUGCAUUGAGUUAAUUUGGGUUGCGUUGAGUGGAAUUGAAUUGAGGUGUAUUGAGUCCACACCGGAUUGUAAACCCUUUAUUGACCGUAAUGAUUUAGCCGAUUUACAAUAG